AUGUACGGGCUGCUGUGUGAGAGUCUUCACGACUUUAUCAAGGAGUCGUACGGAGAUGAUGUGUGGAAGCUGGUCAGAGAGAGAGCAGAUGUCAGGUUACACUCUUUUGUCACCCACCAGGUGUAUAGUGAGAGUGUGAUUCCCCGUAUUGCAAAGGCUGCCAGUGGAGUGACAGGCACGCCCUACAAUGAGCUGAUGAACUCCUGGGGUGUCUACUUCCUGGGCUUUGUUGGGAAGUACGGCUAUGACAGGAUCCUCAAGGUGCUGGGCCGUCAUGUUCGUGACUUUGUCAACGGCCUUGAUAAUCUCCACGAGUACCUGCGCUUCAGCUACCCCAAGGUGCAGCCUCCAACCUUCUUCUGCCAGGAGGAGUCAGCCACUGGAGUCACGCUCCACUACAGGAGUAAGCGCAAAGGCUAUCUGCACUACGCCAUGGGUCAGCUGAGGCAGAUGGGGAAACAGUUCUACGACACCGACAUCCAUGUGGAAGUGCUGUCUGAGCAGAGCGUUGGAGACUACUCCCAUGUCACCAUGAGACAGGACAUGGUGGUGCAUAACGUUGGCUCAGGCUUGGCCACUGUUUUCCCUGAUCUGGAUGGGAAGAAGAUCAAUGAUGCCUUCUUGCUGGCUCGCCCCCUAGUGGAGUUGUCCUGGAACAUGAUCAUCUCCCACCCCAACAACCUGUUUGAGAUCAUGUCCAAAGAGCCUGUGAAAAGAGAGAGGAACCUUCAUAACCGAGUCCAGAAUUCUGACUAUGAAAAUGCCAAUCGCUCUGCUGACGUAGAUGUGGAGCUUAUGGCUUUCCAGUCCAUCAUUGGAGAUGAUUACAAAGACGGUAAUAGUGCGAAUGCGAUGGAGAGCUGGGGCGACGGGAGCCGCUGCCUAAAACUAAAAGGACAAAUGAGAUACAUGCCAGAGUGGGAGUCCAUCAUCUUUCUGGGAACCCCUGUGAUGGAGAGUCUGAGUGCUAUGUUCAAGACUGGCCUGUACAUCAAUGACCUGAGUAUGCACGACUCCAGCAGAGACCUGGUGCUCGCUGGCACGCAGCAGUCCGAGGAGCUGAAGAGAGCUCUCAUACAGGAGCAAAAGAAGUCCAGUAAGCUGGAGGAGAGCAUGAAGAUGUUGGACUACGAGAUGAAGAAGACUGAUGACCUCCUGUACAGGAUGAUUCCCAAGCCAGUGGCCAAGAGGCUGCGCAAAGGAGAGCCAGCUGUGAACACUUGUGAGGUGUUCCCAGAUGUGACCAUUCUUUUCAGCGAUGUGGUUGGAUUUACGCGCAUUUGCAGCCACAUCACUCCCAUGCAGGUGGUCUCCAUGCUGAACACCAUGUACACGCUGUUUGACACGCUCAGCGAGAAGCACCGCGUCUUCAAGGUUGAGACCAUUGGAGACGCCUACAUGGUGGUAGCCGGGGCUCCGGAGAAGACAAAGUAUCACGCUCACAACAUCUGUGACAUGGCCCUGGACAUGGUGCGCUCCAUAGACCACCUGAAAGACCCCUCUAAUGGCAACCACAUACAGAUUCGUGUUGGGAUCCACUCUGGGAUGGUUGUGGCAGGUGUGGUGGGACAUAAGAUGCCACGUUACGGUCUGCACGGUGACACGGUCCACACUGCAUCAGCCAUGGAGAGCAAUGGAAAGGAGAUGCACAUUCAGCUCAGCAGCGCCACCUACGAGCACCUGAAAGGAAGUCACUUUAUUUUUGAAAGAAGGGGCACCAUUACCAUCAAGGGGAAUGUUGAAAUUGAGACCUACUGGCUGAAAGGAAAGAGGGACAAAGACGGGAACGCUCAGGCGGCGUGUCCACAGUUUGAGACCCAGACCAUCAGUAAGGUCAACAUCUCAAGCCCCGAGGCCAAAGGAGAUGGGAAGGGACUGGGUUGCCCACUGGUGGCAGGGCGAGACGAGGCUGAUGUGAAUUCUAUCCCUUCUCAUCGUAUCAAGAUGGAGAUAUCACGCCAUUCUCCGGAGGAGUCGAUGGAGCAGUGCGGGGGGGAGAAGAUGUCUGUUCAUAAGUCCCACUAUAAGGAUGCCUUGCAGGACGACCUCCAGGACGCUCACCUGGAACUGGACUCCCCGGAGUCUGAUGGCAGAGACUCCAUCAUGGACUCCCCUGACAGCUCCUGUGACUCCCCCUGUUCCAAGAGUGCCACAUGCUCUGUGUCAUGAGCCAUGCUGAUGCUAUAGCCAGUAAUUAAUUUGUAAUAGUGCUCUUAAAAAGCUUUUUUAACAUACAACUUAAAUGCCGGAUAGGAAUGCGGUUGUAGCUAAUAUUUUGACCUCUAAUGACGUAUUGUUUUGUACAUGGCCUAGUCUGUAAUGCUUGAAAUUUCUAGUGGCCUUGCGUGGUGUUUUGUUGCAUUGCAAAAAUCAUCAGUGCUUAUUUAGCUCUGACUCUACAGUUAUUAAAACGGAGCUAUCCUUGUUCACUUCACAGUUAUAUACAACAUGUUUUAAUACCAAGAAGUGGUCACUGCCACACGGUUCAGCUGGACACAAGCUCUGUAAUUUCCUGUUUGUUCUGCUGCACCUUGUAGAUUUGACAUCUUAUUUCAUCUUUGGAAGGAAUCCCUCUGUAUCUCUCCUCCGUCCCUCUCCUUCAUCCUGCACGUCUGGAUUCAUUGUUCUAUAUCGGUCUCGUCAAAUACACAGC